AAAGACGCUUGUCUCGUCUGCUUGAUUAUGCUUUGCUUUACACAAUAGUUAAACAAUUGAGGUAUUUUAUAUUGUAAUUCCUUAGUUGACAUGUAAUGUUCAUUGUUAAAUACCUACCUGUUUUGUUGUUCGAAACAAAACUUUAAUUCUUCUUGUUGAAUAAUGUCAAACAACAUGAACCCAGGAGGUAAUAUGCCCUCAAUUGGGUCUAUGAACCCUUCAAGUGCGAUCCAAUACGCGAAUAACCCACUUCAGAGUCCUCAGCUGCAGUCCAGCUCCAUCCAAAGCUCGCCAUCGCAACACAGUCCUAUGAGCAGCCAGUCGUCAAUUGGCGCCAAAGUCAACACAAGUGGUGAUCAAACUACCCAGCUUCUCAGCAGACCACGGCUGCAGGAGUUGGUGAGAGAAGUGGACCCCACCGUGCAACUCGACGAGGAAGUGGAGGAGAUGUUGCUGCAGCUGGCGGAUGACUUCAUUGACACGUCCCUAAAUGCUGCGUGUGCCCUCGCUAAACACAGACAUGCCCCAACAGUGGAAUUGAGGGAUGUGCAGUUGCAUUUAGAGAGACAAUGGAACAUGUGGAUUCCAGGGUUUGGCAACGACGAGCUCCGGCCGUACAAGCGAGCAGCCGUCACCGAGGCGCACAAACAGCGCAUGGCUCUCAUACGGAAAACUAUCAAGAAGUAUUAGGGAAUUUGACUCUUUCUUACUGGAAAAUUGAUUGGUUAAAAACAAAAGACGGAUGGGAUUACUUUAUAGUCCCUUACGUUAAAUCUAGGUAAUUUGAAAAUGAGACUAAUUAAAAGAAAAUAAUUUAGAAUAAGUAUGAUGAGCUGGUGUCAAUAACGGUCUGGAAAGUGUAAUACUGUCAAUGUGAAAGAUAUUAAAUAAAAGAUUUUUUAAGAAGA